GAAUAGAUGUGUGAAGCUCUGCUCUCUGUACAUCAUGUCAGGGUUCCUGCAGUGAGACAGUGGCGAGGUGUCCAGCUGGACAGGCUGCUGUUCCUAGCAGAUACUUUGGGACUUUUGGUGGAUUUAUGAGACAAAUGCUGCUGACAGGGCAGAGAAGUUCUUCAGAGGAAUUAUUUAUUAUUAGACCAGUUUAUUUAAAGAACCACGAAACCAAACAGGAUAGAAAAUAAUUUGAUUCAGUCCUGAAAGGUCUGACCAGAAUUAGAUUUGCUGGUGGGACAUGGACAGCAGGAUGAGGACAGACAGGACGUCUCACUGUGUCUAGUCGUAGUGGUAUCUGGUGUCAGCAGGGGGCGGUGUGAGGUCGGGUGGACCGUUGUCUCACGGUGCGUCCUCUGUGCUCUGCAGCCUCCACGGACGGUACCGGGAGCUGGCUCCACACCUGGUGCCACUGGACUACACCAACAACCCGGACAUCAAAGUCCCAAUGGCGCUCAUCGUCACCAUGCCGGAGCUCAAGGAGAACCCGUUCAGGGACAGGAUCGUGGAGACGUUCUCUGAGGACGGACAGGGCAACAUGAGCUUCAAUGACUUCGUGGACAUGUUUUCAGCUCUCUGUGAGACGUCCCCCAGAGAGCUGAAGACCAUCUACGCCUUCAAGAUCUACGACUUUAACAGGGACAAUUUCAUCUGUAAGGAGGAUCUGCAGAAGACCCUGAACAAGCUGACCAAAGGGGAGCUGACCCCAGAGGAGGUCACUCUGGUGUGCGACAAGGCCAUCGAGGAGGCCGACCUGGACGCCGACAGCAAGCUCUCCUUCUCCGACUUCGAGAACAUGAUCUCCAAAGCUCCAGACUUCCUGAGGUAACGCCUCCAACAUCACACCCAACAUUUCACCUGGCAACGACUCAGAGAGGAAACGACUCAGAGAGGAAACGACUCAGAGAGGAAACGACUCAGAGAGGAAACGACUCAGAGAGGAAACGACUCAGAGAGGAAACGACUCAGGCAGAGAGGAAACGACUCAGGCAGAGAGGAAACG